GGACAAUACAAUAGUAAAUACCAAGUGUCGGAUGUGCGGUGAAGGAAAUGAAAACAUAGAGCAUCUUAUCAGCGGAUGCAAAACUAUGGCGCCAAAGGAAUAUACAACUAGACACAACAAUGUCGCAAAAAUUAUUCAUGAUGAAGUAUGCUACAAACUACAACUCUCUGAAGCAAAAACUCCGUAUUAUAAAUAUACACCAGAUACGAUAAAAGAGAAUGACGAGUACAAGGUAUAUUGGGAUAGAGAGAUACAAACCGAUAGGCAGGUGCAACACAACAGACCAGACAUUCUCAUUAACAACAAAAAAACAAAUGAGAUACUACUCGUAGAUAUAGCGGUACCAGCACCUUUAAAUAUGCAAAAAAAAAACAAAGAAAAAGCCGAAAAGUACCUACCCCUAGCUGAGGACAUGAAACAAACCUGGAAUGCAACGUCAGUCAGAGUUGUACCCAUAAUCGUAGGAGCAACUGGUGAAAUUCCGAAGAACCUAAAGAAACAACUUGAAAUAAUAAACUUACCAGCAAAUACUUACCUAAACCUACAAAAAUCUGUUAUUCUGUCAACCUGCAAUAUAAUGAGAAAAAUAUUAAAUCAAAAAUCAACGCCAUAAGAACAAUACGCACCUAUGAG